UAAAAAUGAGGCUUUGAUUAUCCAAUUUCCCCCAACAUAAGCCAGUUUAUUUGGGAAUUUAAAGAAAAUUAAUAAGACUUUCAAUUACAUCUGCUGCUUUUUGUGAGCAUCUAAGUGUUCAAAAACACUCCAAUCUGAUCCCUUGUAAUGCCCUCACAUGCUUUAAGAUCACAUUACUUCUUCCUGUUAGUCAUGUGACUUUUUCUGGCUGGCAGCAUAUGGCUCUCUUGUGUAACAGUGCUGACAAAGAGUGAUCCAGUCACUCCUCUCAAAUGAAGUGUGACCUCUUCUGUUGGUUUUUCAUUAACUCAUACCUGCUGAUUUGCCUUUGUACUUUCCCCAUCUAGUUAUCAGCAUUACAACUUGGAAAACCAUCUCUCUGUCGUAUGUUGGAAUCCCCCUUUGUGUCUUCUUGCUGCCUCCCUUCCCUCCUCUUCCUUUCCUCCUUAGUUUGCUGCCUGCUCUAUAUGUGGCACUGGAGCUGCUGUAGGAAUCCAGUCCAAAUGUUUUCCAUAUUAGUUCAGAGCCUUCUCUGUUUUCAAACAGCUGGGCUUGGUGAGAGCAGGCGGGAAGGGGAACCGAAGGGGUGAGAGGCAGACAGCAAGCAGAGUCAUCCACCCAAAACACUGUAACAAAAAGUUGUGAAGACAAACAGAGAGAAGAGUGUGAAGGCAGUAGCAGAAAUGGGACAGGGACGGAAAGGUUCCUCAGACAAGAAAGAGAGCAGGAAGAGGAGAGAUGACAGCCCAUCACUGGAGGACAGCAAUAAGUGCAGAGUCUGUCGUUUCCCUCUGCUUGUCGCCCUGUUUCAGCUGCUGUUGGGGGUGGCUGUCACAGCCGUGGCCUUCCUUAUGUUGGCUAUCAGCCCCUCACUUUUGGCCAGGGAGACGCCACACUGGGCUGGGAUCAUUCUGUUUUUAGUUUCCAUCCUGGGUUUUAUCCUGUACUGUGUCACCUAUCAACCAGAUGAGAGAACAUCUAUGCAGUUCAUUGUCAAGCUCCUGUACUUCAUCAUGUGCACCACUGGCCUGGUCCUUUCAGUGCUGGUUGUGGCGUUUGCUGGACACCACCACUCACAGACCAGCAGCUUCAUCUGUGAGAAGGUGGGCGAUGACUGCGUGUGCAGUCUGGAUCAAAAUGACCCAAUAGCCCGCACCUUCACCUAUGAGGGGGUCAGUGACUGUGAAGCCAUCACUGGGACGCUUUCAUUCUACUUCCUGCUCCAGAUCUUGCUGAACCUGUUCCAAGCCCUUGUCUGUGCCGUUGGGGCCUUCAUCAUGUGGAAGCACCGCUAUCAGGUCUUCUUCUCUGGUCUUCAGAUCGGCUCACCCUCCCCUCAGCAGUGGCAGAAAGUUUAGUGUAAUGAUGAUGGAGCUGAUUUGAUGACUCUGGUCAGUCAAAUCAAGAUGGAAGGUUUUAUUGCCACUUAUGGGACUGAACUCGAAAGGGCAGAGGCUUGUGCCUUUUUUAGUGUGUGCCUUAGCAUGUGUUCUUCUUUCAGUCAUUCAGACAGGUGACAAAUGAAAGGAAAACCCAACAGAGUGUCACAGAAAAGUGUUGGGUCACAGUAUGUCACCAAACCCUGUCAAUGUGUAAGCAAAGAACACAUUUUUCCUUCAAGUUGUCAUCUCUAUGUACUGAACUUUCUGUGGUGCUUAUAUUAUAAAGUUUUGAGGCUUUUUUUCCACAUAUUUUGUAUACCAUAAAAAAAUUGGUUUCUUCUUGCAGACACCAAACUGAAAUAAAGAUUUUAACAGAAAAUUUAUAUAUUUAUUUUUCUUGGCAUCUGCUUUUCUUUGUGCAUCAUUGCAACAUCUUGAAACCAAUAUAGCUUGUUUGUUUCAUAACUCCUACAAUGUAUAUGCUCUUUCUUUCGGUUUUAGUCAUCGAUAUUUACAGAUUUGGAUGAGUCACAUCAGCGGUGCGUUGGUGUUCAUUCAUGGUGUUCUCAGGUUAUAAUUUGCAUUAUUUAUGCAAAUAAUUUGAAGCUUUUCUUUAUAAUGUGGCUAUACAGAUUUUCUUUCUCGUGCUAUGACUUGCAAAUACUUUAAACAAUACUUUAAGCUUUUGAAAACAUUUUUUCACAUAAUGAAAAGGCUGAAUCUUUAAACACGCCUGCAAAUAUACUCCACCCUGUCCAAGAUAUUUUUUGUAAGAUAAAUUACUGCUUUAUUAGUUUAUUGGUUUGUAAUGAUAAGAUAUUAUUACAUUGAGUUUUUUUUUAGCUCUGUGUUGUUUGAAGCUCAUGUCAAUUAGAAGUAACUUCUGUUUUGUCUAAUGUGCUUGAUUGUGUAAAAUUCUUACUGAUAAGCAACAGGAAAGUACUUUCCAGCUCUUCAGUGUCCAGGACACUGAUCCUGAUAGCAGUAACAUAAUCUGGGCAGACGACGCUUCAUGAGGGUGGAACGGUACUGAAGUGAGUUCUAACUUGUAAAGGGGGUUGCCAGGAUGGCCGGCAU